AUGCCUAGUAGAAAUUCAAACCCAGGACCUGCUGCGGGUGACUCCAACUGUCGAAGUAAUGCCACAGUCGAAGCUCUCUUUGUGAACCAAGAAAGCGAACUUGGGACGGUUUCAGAGCCACGAACAGCAAGUGCUCAGGUGGCUUCACUUGUCCCUCCGCCUGUUCAACAUCGCCAGUCCGCGCCGUUUGAAUGGGUCCACAGAGGACUUAUAGACCCUCCACAAACAACAAGAGUCAUGAGUGAUGUUCAAGUGUCGCCGAUGCGACUAACCGGUCGUGCAGCGCUUAACAUCAGCAACGAUCAAGGAGUUCAAGCGAACUCGAAUCAACAGAAUAAUAACAUGUCACCUCAGGAGUCUUCACGCAGCGUUAGAUUUGCUCACGUUGAGAAGGGGCAUGCAAGACGCUCAAAAACUGGAACAUCGUGUAAGACUCUUGAUGACUGUGGGAAUAAAGAAGAUCCGUUUCCGUUUCGACCGGCUUAUUUCAAUUUGGAAAACAAAAUAAAAGCACCGACCCCUAGGUCGACAGCUUAUAGGAAAGCGCGAUUUCAUUGCUUGUUGUCUUUGGUUUCAGCACUCUUUUUACUCUUUUUUGAGUCCUGUUUUAUGUUUGCUUGCCUAUAUCUGAGGAUUCGCUGCGCUUUUAUCGCUUCAUUUAUUUUUCGGGUGGCACUUCUAUCAGUCACAAUCAUUCUGCUCGAAUUGGCACAAUCGUUCUUUUGGAGGGAUUUCUCGUCAGAAAAUCAAAAUUCUCAUUUGUACUCUACUCAUAGCGAUCUACAGCCUUCUGUGACGGCAAGUCCACUAACUACCAUCACUAUUGACCGACCAGUAUUGAAGAGGGAUUUCUGGUUUCAAAGUUCUAUCGAAAGAGGUAUUGCUAACCCUGACUUUGUCACCCCAUCACCAGUGGAUUCCAUUGCUGACAAACAAAGGAUCCUAGAUGGGAAAAAAGUGGCUCUCAAGGUGAUCGUCACCGUUUUAUAUCUUGUCAUUCUCACGAUCCUGCUAAAUGGGGUGAUUUGGAUCCCAUCUCAGAGUGUGUUGAGGAGCGAAAACAGCACAACUGUAGCCAGAAUUGACUCACCGCUCACUAAGCCGGACUCAGAGUGCCCGAAAUUGGGUGUCUAUGUUGGAUUGACAUACGCGGGCAUACAUGUGGUGUUAAUAGCUCUGCGCAUGGUCCUGUGCUGCGCCACGGGUUUUGGUGGUGGAAUUCGCCUUUUGGCCUCAAAAUGUCGGCCAUCAGCUUUACCGCCCACACAUAUUAUGGUUGAUUUGCCACUCACACCUGAACUCACAACUUGCGAGAAUAGGCGAGACAACUCCCGUCACCACAUUCAUAAGCUCCGCGAGAAACGUGCAGCUGCGAGUACAAUUUUAUAA